AAAUUACAGAAGUAGAGCCUGAAAGUGAUGAUGAAGAUACUAUAUUAAACUAUUCAGCUUCUAAUAUUGAUAGUAGUAAUGAAGAAAAUUUUGAAGAUAUUAGAAAUCUUAAUCAAGACUUUGGUUAG